UUCCUAAAAACUAUUUUCUUUUAUACAUAAAAUGAAUCAAAUAGAAAUCUAUUAUAAAUAUAAAAAACGAUGUUCAAUAUUUUUUUUUACAUUUUAAGGGGCAUUCCAGUUGAUUAAUAUUUAAUUGUAUGAUCUUGAAACUUUCAAAUAUUGAUUUGAAAAAGAAAUUCAAUGAUUUAGAUGUAUUGUGUUCAAUAAAAAUUCUUAUUUCAUUGAGCAAAGGAAAAAUCAAACGAGUUUGUUGUUAUAUUAUAAUUUUUUACUCUCACGUUUCAUUUUCCAAUUUAAAUGAAAACUUCAGAGAGAGAGAGAGAGAGAGAGAGAGAGCUCCCGAGUUUCCUACAUUAUGGGGUAAUCAAUUUGUCUUCAGACCAACACUAUGGGGAAAGUUGGAAAUUGUGGGGAAUUAAUAAGUUCCCCACAACAACAUUCGACAUUUUUGACAACUUUUCAACAGCGAACUAAAGAAAUUUCCCCGUCGCUGGCCCCUCUCUUAUUAUGAAGCCUUGCAGUGAUCAGCAAAUCAACCUGCGCAGCGUUGGUGACGUGCGUAGAUUAGUCCAAUCAAAAUACCCCACAGUGAUCAUAUGACAUUCUCACAAUACCGUAACUGAAUUUUGAUGUUCGGAAGUCCUCAUUCGCGGGAAAAUGUACAAUGGAGAAUGAACAAGGGAUUUCGAGCAAAUAUAGGUAAGUGGCAUGCUACAUUUAUAUUAUAAAUAUAUAUUCAUAUGCGAAAUAGAUAAUUAAAGACUUGAAAAGGACAAUAUAGCAUGUAUAUUAGUGAAGUUUACAAAUAAAAACGUGUUCAAAGGCCGAAGAUAUCAAUGAACUGACUACUGUAAGGAAAUAUCGUCAGCUCUGGUUUUACGUGAACAUGGAAUGUCAUCGUAACAAAUAUUCAUUAUAUAUAUCGAUACUGUAUUAAGCGGAUUCUAUUUAAAGUAGUACAUUUCGAGAAUUCACAUUUUGUAUGUCAGUAGUGGAAUAUGGGGAAAAAUCUAGAAAAUAGAGAGUGUAACUCGGGUACAGUGUGGGGAAAUUGUGGGUCGCUGGAUGUUGCAUUAUGGGACAAAGAAAUUGGCAGGAAAGUUGACGUGAGACGAGAUGGAACUUCCUUCUGCUUUCCUGGCAUUUUAUGACGAUUUUGACUACUCUAGAGCGUGCUGUUUUUGUUCGGAUUUUGAUUUAGAUGUUCUUGAGUUGUUUAUUAAUGGCGUGAACUUUAUAGCAUUUUUUGAUACUACUGAAUUUACUGCUUGCAGUUUUUUUUGCGAAAUUAAUGACAUUGCCAUUGGGAAAUAUGUGUUUUGCAUUUAAAUUCAUGGGAACAAUAUUCAUCAGAAAUGCCUGAAGAAAAGCAAGCUGUUUGGGCCAAAGGUUUGCCUGAAGUACCCAAAGCAAUGUUGUGGCCUGGUAUUUUAGGAGGGUCUGGGGAGAGUGUUUAUGUACAUUCAGAUGAAUCUCUAAUGGAUGAUGGGGAUGACGAGAGACGAAAAGAUGUAGAAAACUUCAUUUUAUUGCAUGACACUGAAUGGGCUGACAAAAUAAGUAGCCAUGCCAGACAAACAAUUGCUGAGAGGAAGUACAAUGAAUCAGACAUAUUGCCAUUAACUUGUGACAUAGUAAAACUGAAAGACUUCCUUCUUCAUGAAAUUGUCAGGCUGAGUGAAUUACUGUUGAAAGACAUAAAUGCUGUCAACUGGAGAAACUUGGCAGUGGUUGUUUUAUGUAGAAUUACGAUAUUUAACAAGCGCCGAGGGGGAGAGACCAGUCAGAUGAAACUAUCGGCUUACGUAAACAGAAAAACUGGAGAAUGGAAGGAUGCUGAAAAUCUGGAAAUAAUAUCCACUUUAUCACCAAUUGAAAAGAAACUGAUGGACAGGCUACAGCUUGUAGAAAUAGUUGGAAAGAAGAACAGAAAAGUCCCUGUUUUGCUAACUAAAGACAUGUGGAAUGCAUUAGACUUGCUUAACAGCAAAAGGAAUGCCAUUGGAGUUCCUCUUCAAAACCCUUUCCUGUUUGCUGCACCAUCUUCCAAGUCUGGGCACUUGAAAUGUUGGGAUUCCCUCAAAUGGAUAACAAACAGAGUGGAUUUAAAGAAUCCUGAACUUAUUACUACAACUAAUAUGAGAAAAUACAUCGCAACAGUUUCACAGAUAGUUGAUCUGGAUUCCAAGAACGAGCUAGAAUGGCUGGCAAACCAUAUGGGGCACACCCUUUCCGUACAUAGGAAGUACUACAGACUCCAAGAACAAACUCUUGAGCUCGCAAAGGUCAGCAAAUUGUUGAUUGCUGCAGAUUGUGGAAUUAUCCAUAGAUAUGCUGGAAAAACUCUGGAUGAUAUCACAUUGGAAGAAAUACAGUUAGAUAAGUCUGAAGAGGAGGAUUGUGAUGAGCAAGACUGUUCUUCAUCAGAGGAGUGUCAGGAGAGGACCCCCCCAAAAAUAAAGGACAGUAAACAAAAGCAGAAGGAACAAAAGCAAAGCGAGAAAGAUACGGAAUAUGUUUGCAGUAAUGCAAAGAAAUGUACCAGAAGGCCAUGGAAAGAGGAAGAUAAACAAGCAUUAAGAACAUCAUUUCAUCAACAUUUCACACUAUGUUGUCCUCCAAGUAAGAGUGAUGUAAUGCUACAGGGAAGGAAGUCGGACAGAGUUAGAAACUUAAUCGAAGAGAGAGGGUGGAAAGCUGUGAAGUAUUAUGUUUGGAAUCUAGUGCAACAACAUAAAAAAAGGGGCCAAAAUAUGACAAAUGCCAAGGAACAAAAAAAUUAAUUGUGUCUCGGGCCAAAUUUUGAAAUUCUGGUAAAGCAGGCAAUUUUUUUUUUUUACUAUCAUCUUAUGUUUUCAGUCAUCAGCAGGUUGUCAAACUGAUGCAAUAUUAAGGGUUUUACUUUUUGCUUGGUUUUAACCAUACAGUAAAACAGGCAGCCAAGUAGCUGGAACAGAUAAUUGCUUUUUUGAGCAUAAUUCAUUUUAUUUAUCAAGUGUUUAAUAUAUUGAAAAGUCAAGAGAAAUGAAAUCACUAUGCUAAAAGAGUCAAAUCAUUAUUGGAAUAUUUUACUGUAAUUUGACCUCAUAUACAUUUCCAUUAGUUUAACUUGCAUACUUGGUAAUGAAACACCAAUUGAACAUGUGUUAUUAGUAUGUUUGAAUAAAAAAUGUAAAUCAAAUUUUCAGUUCCAUCAUUUGAUAAGUACAAAAGACAUGAACAGUCUAGCGAAGAAAAUGAGAGAGGGUAAAGUUUAUUUUAUAGUCAAAAGAUGACUGAAAUUGUUGUAAAAUUCCCAUUAUCCAUGUUAUUAGAUUAAUUGCACAGAGCAAUUAUAACUUGGAAGAUUUCUGAGCUGCGUUUAACAAAAGAACUUACAACCAAAUUAAUAAGUGCUAGUUAAUCACAAACUAAUCAAUAGUUUAUUCUUAUGGCUGAAAAACAUAAUUAUGGGAAUUAAAAUAUUUGUAAACAAAUGGUUUAUGACAAUUUUGUUCAUUACAGAUCAUUUUAUGAGACUGUAAUUAUUUACAACUUUGUCGUAAGUUCUUUUGUAAAAUGCAACCCUGAAGUUCAAUAUGAGGAUAAGAGAAUGACAAAUUGUAACAGAGAAUUGAAAAUGCAUGAGAUGCAAGUAUCCAGUCAUGGAGAAAGAGAGACAGUAUUAAGAUUAUUUAGUUAAUGGACAGAGGGGAGGUGCCAUUGAUAAAAGUUUAUAAUUAGAGUAUGCAGAAACGUCAACACUAGUAGAAAUUUUCAGAGAGAAAAUAUUUAACAGAGGGAAUACUUGGUGAGAAAAUAUACAUAAACAAUGUGGGGAAUAUUUAGUGAGAAUGGAGAAUGUAUAUGGGGGGAUAUACAUUGAGAGAAUAACUAAAUAAACAGUAUAGGGAAUAUUAAGUGAGGAAACAUGUCAACAGUAUGGGAAGUAAUAAAUAAGAAAUUCAGUAAGAAAACAUAUAAUCAGUAUGGGGAAUAUUCAGUGAGAAAAUAUUGUGGGGAGUAUUCAGUGAGAAAAUAUUGUGGGGAGUAUUCAGUGAGAAAAUAUAUAAAAACAGUAUGGGGAAUAUUCAGUGAGAAAACAUUGUGGGCAAUAUUCAGUGAGAAAAUGUAUUAUAAAACAGUACGGGGAAUAUUCAGUGAGAAAAAAUACAUAAACAGUACGGGGAAUAUUCAGUGAGAAAAUAUAUAUAAACAGUAUGGGGAAUAUGCAGUUUAUACGGGGAAUAUUCAGUGAGAGAAUAUAUAUAAACAGUACGGGGAAUAUUCAGUGAGAAAAUAUAUGUAAACAGUAUGGGGAAUAUUCAGUGAGAAAACAGUAUGAGGAAUAAACCGGGUAAAUCGG